AGUCCUCUAUUUUGUCAGUAAAGCUUUCACAAUCUUUGGAAUAAGCAGUGCCUGAGAGGGUCAUCUCAGGGCAGGAGCGUAACUCUUUAUACCUUGUGCAGCUGUGGCACCUCUGGACACCGCUAGGGGGGACAUGCCAAAUCAGAGGGCACAUCCUAAGCACACCAUGUUAUUUUUUUAAAUUGUGACAGAGACAUUGGGGAUCUGUCAGGGGUGUUCAUGAUUGAUGGGGGGGAUAUCUUGUUUUUCGGGCUCAGGGCCAACUUUCUGAAAACUCAACACAUGUUGAAAGCCUCUCCCGCAGAUGUUUUGAGCUCUUUAAAUGCACAAUCAUAAAUGGAAUUAAUCCUUUAUUUUGUACUGUAGCUUUCAAAAAGUGACUCCUUGAACAUGUAAAUAUCCCCAAAACAAAUAUAAUACAACUUUUUUUUUGAAAGGAGAUGGACAGCCUGCUGCUGUGUUUUUUUCUGAAAUGUCUCCCCUGAUUGAUCCAACAACAUGUAGUGAUUAAUGUAUAUCUAUGGUAUGAACUCUCAAUUACUUUAUUCACGCUGAAAGCACGAACUUGAGUUUGCUGGGCCCAGAAGUGAAGAAGAUGUUCACAGUGAGGGUUCGGAGUGGAUUUCUGCUGCGAUGUGAGCAAACGGCCGCCAGGUGUCAGCAUUCUCCUUCGAUCUGACCAAAGAGCACAGUGACCGCAAAAGGGUCGACUGAAUUAUCUUGCAGCUGCCUUUUUGUUGUUUAAGUGUAUUGAGGUGUUUUUGCGACAAGUUGUAUACAUCGUCACAAGUUCAGUCUGAAAUGUCAACCAAAUUAUGGACGAUGGGGAAUAAUAUGACCACAAACGUGAAGUAGAUCGAAGUGACCCCAUGCAGGUUGAGCGUAUUUUGCUUGACAAACAAUAAAAUCACUGCCUGGAUUCGCCAGGGUGUGAAGGUAUUUCACCGGGCCUUAUGCACCAUGGGAUGAAUCUAAACAAACCUCUGGGGUAAGUAGGCCUGAAUGUAAAAUGGAGGACAAGUCAAACUGUUAAAGAAGCAUAUUGCAGAAGAUGGUGUUCCGCUGUGCAGACAUUUAUAGGUUUUGGUCAAAUGAUCAUCACGAACAGCCCGUUGGGGGGAGGGACAGCCUCGCAGCAGCUCUUAUGCAAAUCGCCCUCCUCAGCGUGUUUCUAUUGGAGAGCAGCGCGGAGGUGUAGCCUAAAAGGCGUGACAUCAUGCCAAUGCAGCUUUAUGAAGAAAGUGCGCUUCUCCCGAGCAGGCAUAGAGGUGCGUCCAGUCCGCUGGCGUCAUCGGUGGACUUCUGGCGUGUGGCGACUGAAGCCGAGAAAAAGGCUGCGCGGUGCAGAAAUCUCCGGUUCGUAGAGUUCUGAUAAGGUGGGAGGCUUUUAGGCACGAGUUUUUUCACCCUUCUGAACUGAAAUCAAAGUUUGGGAUUAACUGCUCCGUUUUUUUUUUUUAAGUAAGCGCGAUUUUGCUGACUGUAUGAAAUAGCUUUGGACAUUCGGAGCUCUCCGAAGAGACCAGCUUGCCAGUUAAUAUGAGCGAUUCGCAUUUGGGGCUGCAGAAAAACCCCAUGGAUUUCGUCAGCGACUUUGAAUUGAUGAAGUUCGGCGUUAAGAAAGAGGACAUGCAAAGGAUCGACCGCUCCUUCGUCGGGACAUGCAGCCAGCUCCAGAGACCGGACUCCGUUUCGUCCACUCCCGGCAGCACACCUUGUAACUCGGUGCCCUCCUCGCCGAACCUCAAUCCGAACGAGCAGAGAAAUAACCCCGGGGGCGACCAGUUCUGGAUACCCAACAACGGGGGUUACCCGCAGCAAAUGUACCCUCAAGCUUUCGGUCUGACACCCGAGGACGCAAUGGAGGCCCUGAUCGGCGCCACGGCGCAGCAGGGACACCCAUCUGUGCCCCACGGCCACCAGCCGCCACAUUUCCAGGCCGAGUACGAAGGGUACGGCCAACUGAACGAGCCCGUCCAGCACUACGGGGGGCUCCCGGGUCACCCCGACAUGCAGGGCAUCCACAGUAGCCACUGCCAAGACCCUUACAAAGACGACAUGGGCUGCGCGUCCCCCGAGUCCCCGGAGGACAAGCAGGUCCUCGGGGCGCACCACCAGCACAGCCGCCACGACCGGCUGUCCAACGCCGACAGCCACUUCUCCGACGACCAGCUGGUGUCGAUGUCCGUCAGGGAGCUCAACCGGCUCCUCAGAGGCCUCGGAAAGGACGAAGUGAUGCGUCUGAAGCAGAAGCGACGAACCCUGAAAAACCGGGGUUACGCACAGUCCUGCCGGUACAAGCGCGUCCAGCAGAAGCACGUCCUGGAGCACGAGAAGACCAGCUUGGUGUCUCAGGUCGAGACGCUGAAACACGAACUGAACAGACUGAUGAGGGAGAGGGACGCAUACAAACUUAAAUGCGAGAAACUGUCCGGUGCAAACUGUUACCACGAAACUGGCUCCACCAGUGACAACCCCUCCUCACCCGAGUAUUUGAUGUGACUUUGUUAAAUUGUCCUGCUGAACCGAUGCGUUUCCAUGUGGAGGCAUUACGUUGACAGCUCGCCUGGCUAUUUAGCAAACAAGCCCGUGGAUACACGAAGUUGUAAUUAGUGUUGGACAAAAAGGAUAUUGCUCAAAUCAUUGUAAUAGAUUCAACUAGGCAAGUUAGGAUACAAAAUUACAAUACAGCAUGCAUGCAGGACAUGCAUGAAAUGUUUUUUUUUCUACAGGGCGGAUCUGUAUUUUGUCUGAAAGGACAUACUUGAAAUCAGAGAAUAUUUUCUUUUUAUUAAUACACAACUUUAAUCAUUCUGCAUUAGUUACUUCUCAAUCUUCAUUUUAGUGAUUUGCUUAGUUCAUGUAGCUCAAAUUAUAAUGUGUGUCCAUGCUUCCUUAAAAUAGAAACCAUACAACGAAAAAUUAUGUUUAAAUGGCAUUUAUAUUAUUUUUUAUGAAGCCGAUUCUGCUGGACAGAUGUUUUCCUUAUUUGCUUUUCUCUUUAAGAUAAUAUAUGAUUAUGCAAAUUGUUUUUCAUCCACUGUUUUUAAUUUGCUAUGGAUCAAUAAAACUAUUGUGACUUUUUAAAAUUGUGUCUC